UCCUCACUCAGAUUCCCUCUGCUGCCUUAGUCCUUUGUUCCUUCAGCUGGGGAGAAGCUGACUCUUCCAUCUUACGGGAGAUGUGUUCCUAGGGGACUUGGGAGGGGUGGGAUUGGAGGCGGGGCGGAGCUGGAGAUGGGGCAGGACCAGUCUAAACAACAGAUUGAGAAGGGCCUUCAGCUCUACCAGUCAAACCAGACGGAGAAAGCCCUGCAGGUGUGGAUGAGGAUGCUGGAGAAGAGCACGGACCUCGUAGGCAGGUUCCGAGUGCUGGGCUGCUUGGUCACUGCCCACUCAGAAAUGGGCCGUUACAAGGACAUGCUGAAGUUCGCUGUAGUGCAGAUCGACACGGCCCGCGAAUUGGAAGAUGCUGACUGCCUGAUGGAGAGUUACCUGAACCUCGCCCGAAGCAACGAAAAGCUGUGUGAAUUCCAGAAGACCAUCUCCUACUGUAAGACCUGCCUCAACAUGCAGGGUACCCGGGUGGGCCACCAGCUCAACGGGCAGGUCAGCCUGAGCAUGGGCAAUGCCUUUCUGGGCCUCAGCCUCUUCCAGAAGGCCCUGGAGAGCUUUGAGAAGGCCCUUCGCUAUGCACACAACACCGACGACAAGAUGCUGGAGUGCCGGGUCUGCUGCAGCCUGGGCAACUUCUACUCCCAGGUCAAGGACUACGAGAAAGCUCUGUUCUUCCCCUGCAAAGCUGCCGAGCUGGUGAACGACUACGGCAAGGGAUGGAGCCUUAAGUACCGCGCCAUGAGCCAGUACCACAUGGCGGUGGCCUAUCGGAAGCUAGGGCACCUGGGCGACUCCAUGGAAUGCUGUGAGGAGUCCAUGAAGAUUGCCCUCCAGCACGGGGACCGGCCUCUGCAGGCUCUCUGUCUGCUCUGUUUCGCUGACAUCCACCGAAGUCGCAGAGACUUGGAGACAGCCUUCCCUAGGUAUGACUCUGCCAUGAGCAUCAUGACGGAAAUCGGGAACCGACUGGGGCAGGUGCACGUACUGCUGGGCUUGGCCAAAUGCUGGGUGACCAAGAAGGAGCCGGAGAAGGCUUUAGAUGUCAUUGAAAAGGCCCAGGAUCUGGCCGAGGGACUGGGGAACAAGCAGGGGACAGCAGCGGGAGCUGCGGGCUCACGUCGUGCGCUUCCACGAGUGCGUAGAGGAGACCGAGCUCUACUGUGGGCUCUGUGGGGAGUCCAUCGGGGAGAGGAACAGCCGGCUGCAGGCCCUGCCUUGCUCCCACUUCUUCCACCUCAGGUGCCUGCAGAACAAUGGGACCCGGAGCUGCCCCAACUGCCGACGCUCCUCCAUGAAGCCGGGCUUUGUGUGACCGAGGGACCGAAGCCCUGCUCCAGGCCUGGAAGUGGCGUGGGAGAGAACUGCUCCAAAGCAGACUGUGGACCCAGACGGGGCCCUUCCUCCUUCCUUCUUCCUCCCCCGUCACUGCCCAGGGCUCGCUCGUCUGCCUGGGUAUGCUGGAGUCCUGGACCGGCCAAGGAUUUCCUUGCCCAGUGGGACCUCACCAUCAUUAGCCUGCUAGAGCCUUCCUUAUCUGAACUCUGCCAAAGCCGCGUUGCCAUCAGGUUUUUUCCCCUUGAAUUCCAAGUUAGCUUUGUUUUAGAAGUGGCCCAGAGAAGUCCAGCUUCAUUGUCCAGAUUACCCCACCCCAUACACACCCCUGCCCCUUAUACUGUCCUCCAGCAUUCCUGGCUGCCAUGUUUCUGACCUUGAUUUAACCCUGCCUUUGUCCCCUUUCCCCUGUAUCACCCCACUUCUGCCCAAUUUCACCCUUCAAGUCCCUUGAACUCAGUCCCAUCUCUAGGGAAAGUUAGCAUUCUGGAGGCCAGAUUCCUGUCUGUGGUGGUGGCAGUAACUGGGGUUAUUCUGCCCCUUCCCCCGGCUAUUAUCCUCAACUCUGGGAUUGGGUGCCUGACUUCCCUCACAAGGGGAUACAACUAUUUGGGAUUCUUUUCUUUGUCAGGCCUGCCUAGGCUUGGGCCACCUUCCCCCCAGCCUCGCUGCUUCCCAAAGGAUUCCAGCCAGCCCCUGAUGCUGGCCUCCACUUGUUUGUAUUCUGAUCUUUAUAGAAAAAUAAAAAAUAAAUCAUUUC